AAACCUCAAACGAUCAACCACCUCGUAAUGAAAGCCAAAUAUCACCACAAACAUUAAUGACUCUUUACUUAUCAUUUAUCAUCGUAUUAUUAUAAACUUGGACAAAACAUAUGUAGCCACAUGAUAAAUAUCAUAAAAAUAUGCAAACGGUUAUUACUCAAAAUAUAACAGUACAGUUCAGCUGCCGUCUGCUGAGUGUUUUUUAUGUUCUUUAGCUUGGGAUACAACAAAGAAGGUAACUGGAGGUAUACCUCAACAUUUCAGUCUCAACUUAUAUCCAUUCAUCUAUAAAAAGAUUUUUGGGAUUCAAAACAGAAACGUAAACACACAAACUCAUUACAAGGAAAGAAAAAAGUGUUUAUAUUUUUGAAAAAGCUUAAUUUGAGAAUGUUGGAUAAGAAAUAAUGUUUAAAAGGCCACUAAAAGGAUUUGUAUGAAAACAAAAAACUAAACAUUUUCAAAACAGCGACAACUUUUAGUGAGUAAAAUGAACGAACAGUCAGUAAAGAAGAUUUCUUUUAACAAAUCAAUUCUAUUAGGUCUCAAAGCAGAACUUCUUAAGAAACAGGAAGAGGUAAUUGAAAAGAAACAACUACCACAGCAUAAAGUAGAAAAUUUUAAACCUCCAAAAGCUGAAAAGAAACCAGAUGACAAUCAGCAGAGCCAUAAAACUUUUAAAGAUAACCUUAAAGCUGUUGACACAGACGAAUUAGAGGCUAUUAGAAAAUCUAAGUUAGCAUUAGAGAAGAAAGCAGAAUUAUAUGAACAUUUAUCGGAUAAAAGAGGAAAUUCUCAGCUCGCUGAAAGGUUUCUUGUUGAUUUUAACAGCAAGAAAGAAGCAGAAUCAAAGGAAACAGAGCAACAUAGUGAUGUUGAAACAGAAACCGUUAACAAUGUUGUUGAAGAUGAAAGUGAAUGGAUUGAGUUUACUGACUGUUUGGGUCGAUCUCGCAAAUGUCAUAAGUCAGAGGUGGAGUUGUUUAAGAAGAGAGACAGGGAGUUGAUGAGGGUUAUCACAAAUUCUGAUGACAACGAACCAGUUGAGGAAACAAAACAGCCAGAGAAACCGUUUUUGGUUCAAAAAACUAACGAUUACUUGCAAUCGUUGCGCGAGAAAUGGGAAGAAAAAGAAAAGGAAUUACUUGCGAAAGACAAAGAUAUACAUUAUCAAGAUUUAUUGUUUGAUGAGGCAAGAAUCCAUGGCGUCGGUUACUAUUCCUUCUCGACGGAUGAAACAACACGUCAGAAGCAAAUGCAAGAAUUAUUGAAACAGAGACAGGAGACGUUGCGCGCACAGAAGGAAGCAGAGGAGAAGAAGAAGAAACGUGAUGAACUGCUGGCAGCGAGGGUGGCAGCUGCUAGAGCCCGACAGCGCGCCAGAGCUGGUCUACCUCCAGAGGAACCGAAGAAGAAUGAAAAAGAUUUUACAACGUGUCUGUUGGAAUUUUUGACGCAACAGAGAAACGAAGCGGAAAAUAAAGCGAAAGAAGAAGAGAAGAAGAUUCGAGAAGAACAAGAGAAGGAAAGGCAGAAGUUGAGAGAAACUUAUGUACGCGAAUGGGAUAUCGGUAAAGAGGGUAUGGACGAGAAAGUCAAGAAGUUCAGAGAACUAACACAAGAAGAAUACGUGGAACAACAAAGAAGUAAAAGAAUAGACGAAUUCGCACCACUUCCUCAAACUUCGACAACAGCGAGUCAAGUUUUUGAUGAUAAAGGAAAUAUUGUUCAUGGAAACAAAUCAUGGUCAGAUGUUAGACCUAAAACACCUCCUCCUCCAAUUAUUGGACCUAUUGAUGAAGUACCCAAAGGUCUAUUUUUUACAACAAAAAAAGAUUUAAAAUAUAAAAAUUUCGUACCAGCAUCUACUCCUAUAAUAAAUGAAUUGGAUGAUGAUGAAGAUAAAAGACCAGAAAAGAGAAGAAAUGUUGAAUCUAUAGAAAUAGCACCACCACCUACUUAUGAUUAUUACGGACCUAUUCCUAAACAAGCUAAAGGAAAGAAACCAUUUGAUUCAGAUAUAAAUGAAGCUUAUACUCAAGGCGCUAGAAGUUUAGAAACUAAAAAGAUAGAUCGAAAAUUACCUCAGCAUUAUGAUUUUACAUUCGAUUGAUUUAUAUCUAGAUAU